AUGUCCAUUGAAACGACAUUCUCUAAAGUUCUUGGAGCGACGGUUGCUCGAGCCACACGUGUGUUUGGCGGUGAUGUGAACGAAACAUACAGACUUGAAAUGGCAAAGAACAAUCCAACUGAUAACACUAUCAAUGACACUAAUACUACUACUACUACUACUACUACUACUACUACUACUACUACUACUACUACUAAUAAUAAUAAUAAUAAUAAUAAUAAUAAUAAUAAUAAUAAUAAUAGGAAUGAUAGUUCCAUGUACUUUCUGAAGCUGCAGCGUGGGGCCACUGCAGACUUUUACGCUGCGGAGACGGAAGGCCUUCAACUUCUCUCUGCUGUCGCCUCCACUCCAACAGUUGUGUGUGUGGGUGAGGUCCACGGCGAUGCCUAUCUCAUCAUGACUUACAUUCAUCCCGCCCCCCACCGCAGUCUGCGAAGGAACACAACGGCUCUGGGCCGCAUGAUGGCCGCCGUGCAUCAACAGAAAAGUCCAAAUGGUCAGUUUGGCGCCGCCGUGCCGAUUGUCUUCGCUGGCUGCAAAACUCCAGCUGGUUGGUGUAGGGAUUGGGCAACAUAUUAUAUUAAUAUGCGUCUCACACCAUUGGUGGAAACAGCACGGAAGAGGGGAUUAUGGAGUGCCAAGCGAGAGGGGUUGUUUACGGAAUUUAGUAAACGUUUUCACGCCUUUUAUGCAUCAAAUAAUGAUAAUGAUACGAAUGAUACCAAUAAUCCUUCUCUUACUACUACAAAUAGUAAUAAUAAUAAUAAGAGAAAUAAGAAUAUGGGUAAGGAUGAGCCACCAAGUCUUCUACAUGGAGAUUUAUGGGGAGGAAACGUUAUGUAUGGAGGUGCUGCUGGGAAUGAUCCUUAUCUUAUUGAUCCAUCCUCCUAUUAUGGACACCGUGAAGUUGAUAUUGCCAUGACUAAACUGUUUGGUGGCUUUGAUGAUGACUUUUACAAUGCAUAUAAUGAGAUACUUCCAUUAGCAACAGGACAUGAAUUACGAGUGCCGUGGUAUCAGUUACUGCCGCUUUUGUGUCAUUUACUUCUCUUUGGUGAGACGUAUGGGGGAUCUGUAGAUGCGGCUAUGCGGCAUGUAGUUUGA